GCGGAGGGGGCGGAGCAAGGCUGGGAGGCCGGAAGUUGGGCGGCAGCCCGGCCGUAGCCGGCAAUGGAGGGGCUUCCAGCCGACCGUGGGCUGCCGCCCGAGGGGCCGGCGGCAGAGGAGGCCGAGCUGCAGGGAGCUGUCUGGAGCGGGGACAGCGGCAACGUGUCCCAGAGCCACAGCAGCGCCUCGGGGCCGUGGGAGGAUGAGGGCCCAGAGUCGGGCGCGCCGGGCCGCGACCUGCCGCUGCUGCGCCGCGCCGCCGCGGGCUACGCCGCCUGCCUGCUGCCCGGAGCCGGGGCGCGGCCCGAGGUCGAGGCCCUGGACGCCAGCCUGGAGGACCUGCUCACCAGAGUGGACGAGUUCGUGGGCAUGCUGGACAUGCUGCGCGGGGACUCCUCCCACGUCGUCAGCGAGGGCGUGCCUCGCAUCUACGCGAAGGCCACCGAGAUGCGGCAGGUCUACAGCAAGAUCGACCGACUCGAGGCCUUCGUGGCGAUGAUCGGCGCCAGCGUGGCCAGGAUGGAGGAGCAGGUCGCCAGGGCGGAGGCCGAGCUGGGCGCUUUCCCCAGCGCGUUCAGGAAACUGCUGCACACGAUUACCGUGCCCUCCCUCUUCAGCAAGGCGCCCUCCGGCCGGCCCCAGCAGAGCGGCUACGAACCCCCCGUCCUGUUUCGGACCGAGGACCACUUUCCCUGUUGCAGCGAGAGACCUCAGAUCUGAGUCCCCCGGGCAGCACUGCAAGGGCACGCUGCCUGAGAUUAUCUCGAGUAUUAAGUCAGUUGGAAAUUCUGCUGAUAGACAUACACGAUGUUGGAGUCUGACAUGUUUAUCUUUUGCACACUCUUAUUUCCCCCUGUCUUGUUGAUUUCACGUAAGGAUGUUUGGUUUUGUGUGUCUUCCAAUGCUAAGCUGAGAGCUGCUUGGUCCGGGAUGGGACCGGGUUCGGAGAAGAAAAUGAAGGAGCUUUUCUGUGCACUGUGGCCGAACUGCCAUGUUUCUGGGUUUUACAGCUCAACUCACAGUAUUAUUUUUUCAAAGUUUCUAUAUUUUAUACUCUUAGGAAAAACUGCUGAGCUGUUCAGGUCUUGUCAUUGUUCGAUCCUAGUAGCGAUUCCGUUGUCUGUAGCUUACUUUGAGGGUAGAUGGUAAGUUGCUUCACGUUAUAUUGAACUUUUCAUAUCAUGGGUUAUACACCGAAGGAAACGGUAGAAUUUCUGAGAUGGAUUGAUUUAUCGCAUCUAAUUCUGAAGUUGUAUUUGAAAGUAUGCCCCCACAAUCUUCGUUUGUCCACAGCAACAAGUCUACAUGUGGCUGCCAACAUUUGGUUUGUAAUUUAAAUAUUAAUAAAAAGUUUGCAUUUUA